GAUAUCCUCUGUUACCAUAUGUAAAUGACAAUGUUUAUGAUUUUGAUGAUCUGGAUAUCUCAAUUUUUCGAGUAAAUAAAAUAUAUACGGGUCGAAAUGGCAUGCAGCUGCAAACUAGAAUUUUGGUGGUCGAACUUUGACAAGUACAUGGAGGAGGCUUAAAGAGUGUAUGAAUUGAGGUCUGAGGUGAAAGUCCCGAAACAGAAAAUGGUGAAGGAUGAGAAGAAGAAGAAGAAGAAGAAGAAGAGUUGAACUGUACAGAAAAUGGAAAAAAUAUAAAAAGAAGCAGCAAAAAAGCAGGUGUGUGUUGUGUUCUCUCUGCUAUGAAGUAGUAACAUUUUAUGAAUACUAGAGCUGUCUUAUUUGCAUGAUUCAAAAAUAAAGAGGUGGCAAUGUGGCAUUGACAUUGAUGCAAACAAGACUUAAUUAGCUGGUGCCUACCUAUGGUGUUGCUGUUAUUUGCAGGUACUGCUGUUGCUCUUCUCCUCCAUGGAUGGUCUCGACGUCGGCGUCCUCCUCGUCGGAGUGAACGACGUGCACCUUGAGCCGCCCGUUCUCGCGGCAGGCGUGCAGGAACUCCUGUGUCGAGAUUCUGAUCUCCGUCAGAAUAAACCUCCCAUUUUGCCUUACGGGCUGCAAGCACCUCUUCCCCAUGCAAGAUAUGGGUGGCGGAAACCCCCCGUAGUUCCUCUUCGACCUCCUUGCCGGAUUCCUCAUCUCGUCCUCAUCCGACGACAGGGAGGACGCGGGAGAGAGCGUGAAGAGAGGGGAACGCGGGGUUGUAGGAUCUGGAUCCUUGAGCCUUCAUGGAUUGGAUGUGUUUCCAUGAAUCGAGGAAUGAUGGAUUUUCAGGCAAUGGCAUCUCAAACAACUGCUGUAGGCCGCCGCAUGUUGCCAUUUCAUUUGCUUUUUCUUGGCUAUAAUCUAGAGAUUGGUGAUGGUGAUGGUGGUUUGGUGUUGGUGUGAAGCUUUUCCCGACCCCAUUAAAGAAUAAUGAGAAAUGGGAGAAGGGGUGAAAUAUGAAAGAGAAUACUAAAUUCUGGUGAGCAUUAUGUGGGGUAUGGGCAAUGAAGGAGAGAUCGGAGAUGGAUGUGUUGAUGAAUUCAAAUAUUGGCACUUCAAAUGCGGCCUGCC